CCGCGGGAGGCGGGCUGGGACAGAGGGGGCUGGGUGCGAAGUAUCAUGGAGGAUCAGUUGGAAACUGUGGUUAUCCAAGAAAGCCGAGCUGCGGGUCCAGACUCCGGAGUUUCUUAACAUUUGAUUGAUAUUUUUUUAACGUUCGCCCGGUGUUUUUUUUAAUCUAUUAAAUUAUGGAGAUGAAAAAGAGGAUCAGUUUAGAGCUGAGGAACAGGACACCAGCACAGGUAGCAGAGCUGGUGGUGGAUAACUGCCGCUCGAGUGAUGGAGAGGUGGAGGGCCUGUCAGAUGACUUCAAGGAGCUGGAGUUCCUCAGCAUGGUCAACGUGGGCCUCACCUCCCUGGCCAAGCUGCCCUCACUGCCCAAACUACGCAAGCUGGAACUGAGCGACAACAACAUCUCUGGCGCCCUGGAGACGCUGGCGGAGAAAUGCCCUAACUUGACGUACCUGAACCUCAGCGGCAACAAGAUCAAAGAGCUCAGCAACGUGGAGGCCUUGCAAAACCUGAAGAACCUGCGUUCCCUGGACCUGUUCAACUGUGAGAUCACCACGCUGGAGGAGUACCGCGAGAGCAUCUUCGAGCUGCUGCCCCAGGUCACCUACCUGGACGGCUUCGACCAGGAGGACAACGAGGCCCCCGACUCGGACGCAGACGACGACGAUGAUGAUGAGGAUGGUGAGGAUGGCGCCGGCCCCACUGGGGACUACGAUGACGAAGACGAGGAGGAGGAAGAGGAGGGCUCGGAAGGCGGCGAGGUGGGCCUCUCUUACCUGAUGAAGGAGGGCAUCCAGGACGAAGAGGAUGAUGAUGACUACGUGGAAGAGGAGGAGGAAGGUGAGGAGGAAUAUUUAGGAAUAGUUCGUUUGUUCGUUGUAACAGUUGUGCAGAGUCAUGGCGUGACUCAAGCUAGCAACUUUGGCGGUGUUCCUGCCAUAUCCCACCCGAGGCAUGCAGACCAGCUGUGUGUGUGUAUUGAUCCAUGGUAAGGUGUAGGUCUGAGU